AUGUCAUGGUUUAUAGAUAGUGAAAUUAUAAUAGCUAAGAAUAAUAGCAAUCAAAUUAUUCUAGAACAACCUUAUAAAUAUUCCAAAUACUUUUCAACAUUGGUUUAUGAAGUAUUCGGUUUUUGGACAGAACAGAGUCAUUUAGUGGAUACAAGAACUAUACACGAAACAUCAUUUCGUCGAAGAAAUUUACAUAGAACUCCUAUACAUACAUCUUACAUACAAUAUCAUUCAGAUACAAUUGAAAUCAUAAACCAGCAUAAAUUUUCUGAACCGAAUAAAGAUUCAAUAACCAAACACAGUCAUUAUGUUCAUUUAACAGUAAUGGAUUAUGUUAAUGCUUCGCUCAAAUGGAAAUUAACCGAUGGUUGGGGUCAUUUAAAAAAUGGUACUUGGUCAGGUAUUGUGGGAAAUUUAAAACGACAUGUGGACGACAUUUCAGGAACUGAAAACGAGCCCCGUCAAUUAACAGGCCGAAUAGUGGCGAUAUUUUUGUACUUAUCUUUGAUGUUCUUUUAUGUUUCUUAUUCUGCAAAUAUAGUUGUGCUCUUACAAUCAGCAUCAAACGAUAUUAAAACACUUGAAGAUUUAAGACACGCAAGGAUAAAAAUAGGAUCAUUAGAUGUGGAAUAUGUUAAAGCUCUCAGGAAUUCAAACGACCCUACAUUAAAAGGACUGUAUGAAGAUAAAAUUGCUGGCAAUCAUUAUCCCAUGGCAGAUGGUAUUCUAAAAGUUCAACAAGAAUAUUUUGCUUUUUUAGCAGAAAGUGGCAAUUGUUAUUAUGAAAUAAAGAAAACAUUCCAAGAGAGUGAAAAAUGUCAUCUAAAAGAAAUUUCUUUAUUCCCCAAAACAUUAUCCGCAACUUAUACAACUGUAUCAAAAAAUUCACCUUACAUUGAAACAUUCAAAGUUGGGGUAAUGAAAAUUGAAGAAUAUGGUAUACAACAAAGAUUUUAUAACAAAUUUUAUUCUGAAAAGUCUAAAUGUGAUAAUGCUGGCGCAAACUUUGUUAUUGUUGGAUUAACUGAAGUUCAUUUUGCAUUUCUAGCAAACGAUAGUUCACUAUUUACUGCCCCAAACAAAUGGUUAUUAAUAAAAUUCCAAUCAAAGAAUUUCACUAAAAAGUUUCAUGAAAUGUCAUGGUUUAUAGAUAGUGAAAUUGUAAUAGCUAAGAAUAAUAGCAAUGAAAUAAUUUUAGAACAACCUUACAAAUAUUCCAAACAUUUCUCAACAUUAGUUUAUGAAAUAUUCGGUUUAUGGACGGAAGAAAACAAUUUUGUGGAUACAAGAACUAUACAUGAAACAUCCUUUCGACGUAGAAAUUUACACAGAUCUCCUAUACACACAUCUUACGUGCAAUAUCAUUCAAAUACAAUAGAAAUCAUAAAUCAACAUAAAUUCACUGAACCUAAUAAAGAUUCCUUAACUAAACACAGUCAUUAUAUUCAUUUCACAUUAAUGGAUUACGUCAAUGCAUCGUUAAAAUGGAAAUUAACUGAUGGUUGGGGUCAUUAUGUAAAUGGUACUUGGACAGGAAUUGUAGGAAAUUUGAAACGUCGUGUAGACGAUAUUUCAGGAAAUGGUUUAUUAAUAAAUCCUUCAAGAAUUACAGCUUGUAAAUAUUUAGCAAGAAAUUCAAAAACAGCAGUAAUUUUUACUUUCCGAAAACCACCACUAUCAUAUACCAAAAAUAUAUUUCGAUUAUCAUUUCAAAAGAAUGUCUGGAUUUCUAUUGGUGGAUUAUGUAUUAUUUCCAGUCUUAUCCUAUAUUUAACCGUCUAUUUCGAAGUGAAACAUCGAAAUGAAAUUGAAAUAGAAAAGGAUACGUACAACGUACCGCCGUUACAGCUGAAACCAGCAGAAAUAGUUUUGUUCUUACUUGGUGGAUUAUGUCAACAAGGAACUGAAAGCGAACCUCGUCAAUUAACAGGUCGAGUAGUGGCGAUAUUUUUGUACUUAUCUUUGAUGUUCUUUUAUGUUUCUUAUUCUGCAAAUAUAGUUGUGCUCUUACAGUCAGCAUCAAACGAUAUUAAAACACUUGAAGAUUUAAGACACGCAAGGAUAAAAAUAGGAUCAAUAGAUGUGGAAUAUGUUAAAGCUCUCAGGUACUCAAACGAUCCUACAACAAGAAAGCUUUAUGAAGAAAAAAUGGUUGGCAAUCAUUAUCUAAUAACAGAUGGCAUUAGAAAAGUUCAGCAAGGAUAUUUUGCUUUUUUAGCGGAAAAAGGAAAUUGUUAUUUUGAAAUACAACAAACAUUUCAAGAAAGUGAAAAAUGUUACCUGGAAGAAAUUUCACUUUUAUCCAAAACACUGUCAGCAACUUAUACAGCCGUAUCAUAUAAAUCACCUUAUAUAGAAACAUUUAAAGUAGGAGUAAUGAAAAUUGAAGAAAAUGGUAUACAACAAAGAUUUUACAAAAAAUUUUAUUCUGAAAAACCUACAUGUGACAAUGCUGGUGCUAAUUUUGUUAUUGUUGGAUUAAACGAAGUUUAUUUCGCAUUUCUUGUAUGGAUAAUUGGAAUAUCAAUUAGUAUAGGCAAACGUUAG